AUGGAUGAUGAAGAGCUGCAGUCCUCGGCACUCGUGGGCAAGGCUUCCUGGCUGCUCAAGUGGGCUUUCGUCGGGUGCUCCCUGUUCUCCGUCGUGGAGCUGCUGCAGAGGCCCCACUUGGCACCGCGGCGACCGGUGUGCUUCACACUUUGUGACAUCGGCUAUCUGGUUUGCAACGUCGUCACAAUCGUCUUACUCGUCGUGGUCAUUGUCCUUGUUUUCAAUGGUUCCAAGGAAGCAGCCACGGAAUGUGUCGUGGUCGUCAUAUUUGUGUGGCUCAUAUCCAGCGCUGUCAUGCAACGCAGCAAAGGCAUGUGCGCCUCCAACUUGUUCUGCACAUUGCACGCAAUUUACUUCGUCGCCUCUGUGAACGACCUCUUGUGUCUCAAAGACUUGACUUUUGCACAGGAAGCUGUCAACGUCAGUCCGGAUAAGUUGUCGUGGGCGACCACAUUGCGUUCACUGUCGAUGGCAGCCGCACUGGGGAGCUUAUUAUUCGCCUGUUUUCGAAGCAGUCCAGUCUACGACAAGGAUGGUGUUAUGGUGAGAGCUCAGAGCAGCAGGUACAAUGAUGCCGCGCAUCGAGGGCGACAGGUGUCAUUCGCAGUGCGAGCAACACCUGUUAAUGAGCGCAACGCUGUGAAUAACAAUAGGAACGCGCUGCGCGAGAACAACAAGUGGGCUCUGAUUGAGGAUAUCGGCUGCGAGCCAGCCAAAGCCUUGACCGUGCUCUUCCUGUCGACAUGCGUGGCGGAAGUGUUCCUCUCGGGCUUCUUGGAAUACGUGGUGCUGCGAUUCUCGUUGCAGUUCAAGGCCCUCAUGCAGGCGACACUGUUCACAAAGACAACGCGUAUGAGCAGCCGUGCCCUUUCGGAGAAUCCCACCGGCUACCUCGUCUCUCUGCUGGGUGUGGACUGCGAAGAACUCGCCAUCGCUACUAUCAUCAUAGCUCAAACCGUGAGCGGCCUCCUCUGUUUUCCUGUUCUCUUGUGGAUGCUAGCGAAGCGCGUCGGUGUUCUUCCCGUCAUCGGCUGCGUCGCCUGGCAACUGACGUCACUAGCUCUCUUCGUCCCGGCCUCUAAGGUGCAGACCGGACUUUGGGAGCGCGUCAACCGGCAACGGGACGAGCGGUUGAAGAAGAUGGCUGACACCCUUACCUGCGUCCGGCUGGUCAAGUUCUAUGCGUGGGAAGACGCGGUGGUGCGGGCGAUGAACCGCUUCCGCGAAAGGGAGGGCUUCUUCAUCUUCCUCGCCAACCUCCUGGACGGAUUCAUCGAUUCCCUGCAAAUGUCUUCCAGCUCCCUGAUGACCAUAAUCCUGCUGGGGACCUUCGCAGCCGUCAACCGACCGGCAACCCUGACGGCAGCACGGUCCUUCUCCUCCCUCUACAUGCUGUCCAUCAUGGACAUCGUGGCCGUCAACAUGUCCGCCUGCCUACGCCACCGAAGCAUGGUUUCGGAAGGCGUGCGAAGAAUGGUGAGAACUCUUACUGCUGAGGAAGAGUGCAUCGAAAAGGACAGCAUCCAGCACAUUAACUCGAAAAAAGGCGCUGUGAUACUCAGCAAGUGCUCAUUCGCCUGGAGCGGAGGAAGAGAGGAAGCACCUGGAAAGGAGAAGCCAGUGCUCUGUGGCGUCACCAUGGACGUCGCACCGGGUUCCUUCGUCGGUGUUGUCGGCCUCGUCGGAAGUGGAAAGACCGCGCUGCUGACAGCUAUGCUCGGCGAACUUCGUUGCAUCGAAGGAUAUAUCCAUGUUCACAUCUACCUCCAAAUGCAGGGAAGCGUGGCGUACCUGCCACAAACGGCCUGCAUCUUCAACAUGACCAUCCGAGACAAUGUGCUCUUCGGCAAGCGCAUGGAUGCCGGACGCUACUUGCGCGUCCUUGAAGCUUGUGACCUCACACGAGACAUGGAACUGCUGCCUGCUGGAGAUCUGACCGAAGUUGGAGAGAAAGGCGAAACCUUGAGCGGAGGCCAGAAGCAGAGGGUGGCACUGGCGCGCGCAGUGUACAGUGACAGCGACAUCUACCUGAUGGACGACACUCUAAGCGCUUUGGAUGUUCACGUGGCCGCCAAGGUCUUCGCACGGGUCAUCGGACGUGACGGAUUGUUAAGGCACAAGACUCGCAUCAUGGUUUGUAACCAAGGCGUGUUCUUGAGACACGUCGACCAGUUAUUCCUGGUGUGGGAGAAAAGACUGCUUUCAUUCCAAAACCUGACCGAGAUGGUCACCGACCACAGGGCGCCGAAGACGCUGUUGUUCGGAAGCAGGCCGGACUCCUCAGCCAAUGACAGGCGUCCCAGCGGAUAUGCCCAUGAAAUGGCGGAAGAAGAUUGUGUAUUUGGAAAGCUCACCACAGACGAAACACGGAAUAGAGAUUUAAGUGCAUUCGAUCUUGCCCGGGCCCUGGUGACCAUGUCGGGCGUCUGCUUUCCUCUGGCCGUUCUCAGCAUCGUGGCACGUGCGGUGGCCGUGGCAAUGUUCCUCUGCUGGAUCAAGAUGUGGACCGACGCGGCCGCCACUCCCGACAACGGAGGGUAUUCUGACGCCACUUGGGUCACGCAUACGCUCGCAGUGAUGUUUGGCUCUCUGGCUGGCUUUCUGCUGGCGCUGUCUUUCCGGCGGCUGUCUUCGCGUCUGCAUGGCGCCAUGCUCCGGAGCGUGCUUCUCUCGCCCGUCUCCUUCUUCGACGCGACGCCCCGCGGAAGACUGCUGAACCGAUUCUCCGCCGACCUCAAUUAUGUCGACUGCCAGUUCUACGUGACGACCAAAGAGGUGUUGCAGACCAUCACGGUGGUACUAGCCAGGUUGGCCGUCGUGGGAAGUCAGACUCUUACAGCUUGCCUCCUAGGAGUGGUCGCCACUGGCGUCUACCUUGUCAUAGUGACAGUGAGUGUGCGGGCUGCCAACGUACUUCGCUCCCUGGACACAGCCUGCGUGUCUCGCAUGCUGCAGCACCUGACCGAGACCCGAGACUCGAUGAGUAGCGUGCGCUGCUACGGCGCUGUGAGGCUCGUGUGCCGGCGCUUCUACCGCCUCCUGGACGGUGCCAUCACAUAUUUCUGGGCCUUGGCAGGGUCCGUGCGCUUCACGCGCGUUGCCGGAGGAUUUGCUGGCCUCUGUGCCGUCCUCACCCUGGUGCUGGUCAUGCUCUUGUCGACCACGCCUCUCUCACCGAGUGGAAUUGGCCUGUCGCUCAGCUCAGCGAUGUCGAUUCCAAUGCUACUGUCGGCCAUCAAUGCGUCCAUUUUCUUUUGCUUGAUGUCUUCUAUCGCUUUCGAGCGCUCAGUGGAGUACACCAGGCUACAACCCGAGGACGGCUGCGAUGCGGAUGACAUGCAGCCGAAGGUCACAAGCACCUCACUGGCCUCGUGGCCAGACCGCGGAAGGAUAGUGUUCGACAAUUUCACCGCGUCUUACAAUCCCGGCAUGGGUCCACCCAUUUUGAAGAGCCUUACUUUUGUUAUAGAAGCUCGUGAGAGGGUAGGUGUGGUGGGGCGCACCGGAGCGGGAAAGUCAUCACUUAUUCUGGCCCUUCUUCGAGUGCUAAAGCCUUCGGAAGGACGCAUUGUCAUCGACGGCAUAGACAUCUCCUCGGUUCCCCUUCGGGAACUGCGCUCUGUCAUCACAGUUAUCCCACAGGAGCCGUACCUGAUGAAAGGAAGUCUGAGGGACAACCUGGACGCGACGCAGAGUCACUCGGACGACGAGAUCUGGGAGGCGCUGACGAAAGCGCACAUGGCCGACUUCGUGUCCAAGCAUCCGCUAGGACUCUUACUGGAGAUAGAAGACGGAGCUGAGAACCUCAGCGCUGGUCAACGGCAGUUGUUGUGCCUGGCACGGGCUCUUCUUCGGCGGCCGCGCGUUCUUCUGCUGGACGAGGCCACGUCGCGCAUGGAUGGCGACACCGACAGGCUGGUGCAGGAAACCCUGCAAGAGGGCUUCUCUCACUGCACCGUGCUCACAAUCGCUCACCGGUUGAACACGGUGCUGCACUGCGAUAGGAUCUUGGUGAUGAGCGAGGGGUGCGUCGCUGAAUUCGGCACUGCAGCAGAGCUCACCGCGAAUCCCAGCUCUAUUUUCGGCGCAAUGGCCCGAACUGCAGGCAUUGACACGUCGGCGUUGCAAAGCAGGGAUUAUUCUGUCCGGCUUUGA